GAAAUGGACAUCUUGUAAUUAAUAAUAUAUAAAUACAGACGACUUCUCUAUAUCCCAACUCAAACUUCAUUCAGUGGGUAAAGUCAUCCAGGUUAGAGUGCAGUAUAUAAUUUCAGUUUUGGAGGUCAUUCCAAUGUUAGACAAGAAAACAGGGGAUAAGACCAACUGGACUGCAUACUAGGAAGCCAAAAUGAAGUUGUAUAUGUUGUUUGUGAUCUGUUUAGUAUUGUGCCUUGAUGUGAAAGGGUAUAAGGAGAAGAAAAAUAAAAUAUCAAAGGAAGCUCUUCCACGUUUAAGACUUCAAAAUUUGGUGGACAAACUGCCAUCCAAAGACAUCAUCCCAAUUUUAAAUGAGACAGCUGCAAUUAAGGUCAAUUUUGGAAUUCAAUUGAUAAAUCUCUUGGAACUUGAUAGCUCCCAAAUAAAGGCAGUACUUUGGCUACCAAUGACUUGGAAGAAUGAGUUCCUGCAAUGGGAUCCUCAAGAUUACGAUGGAAUAAACUCCAUUCGUGUUCCAAUAGAAAAAAUGUGGAAGCCUGACAUUGAGCUUGAGAACAGUGUGAGGAAACCUGAAAUGGUGUUGGAAUCCCUCACUAUAGUGACAAAUGACGGCAGUGUUUUAUGGUAUCCCAGCAUGGUCAUCACUGCCAGCUGUAAGAGACUAGAUAAGACAGCACGUAGAAGUAGAGUGAACUGCCCACUGAAAUUCGGGAGCUGGGCCCAUGAUGUGCGUUAUAUUGAUAUGAAGUCAGACUCUGAUUCAGUUGACGUGAGUGGCUUCCAAGGGAGUGAGAAGUGGGAGUUAGUAGGGCAUUCCCAGGAGAGGCAUGCUGUGACGUAUGAAAAAUAUGGCACAUAUAUAGAUGUCACUGGCAACCUUACAUUUGUGUGACAUUUGUAAACAAAUACAGGGUGAGCCAAAAAAGAUAACCCAAACAAA